UUUGGGGCUGAAGGUCCCUGGGGAGGCUGAGUCAGCAGCCUGCCUUCACCAGCCUGCUGAGGAAGAGGAGUGUUUCCAGGCUUUCAGGUCGUGCCCUUCAGCUAAAGCAGACCAGAGAGGCCUCCUGAAUAGGUAGCUGGAUUUAAGAACAAGACAGGAGAAGAAAACAUGAGGCCAUGGCUGAGAGGCCUGGUCCUCCAGGCACUGAAGAACUCCCGGGGAUGCUAUGGGUCUCAUAGGCAUCCACCACCUCCACCUGUCCCUCAGAAGGUUGUGGCCACCUGGGAGGCUAUCAACCUGGGGAAGCAGCCUAUGCCUGAGUAUUUCAACUUUGCCCAUGAUGUGCUGGAUGUGUGGAGUCAACUGGAAAAGGAUGGGCACCGGCCCCCAAAUCCUGCAUUCUGGUGGGUCAGUGGCACAGGAGCAGAGGUUAAGUGGAGCUUUGAGGAGCUGGGGAAGCACUCCAGGAAGGCAGCCAACGUUCUGACAGGUUCAUGUGGCCUGCAGCCUGGGGACAGGAUGAUGCUGGUGCUGCCUCGGCUCCCAGAGUGGUGGCUGGUGAGCGUGGCUUGUAUGCGUGCAGGAAUAGUCAUGAUUCCGGGUAUCUCUCAGCUGACAGAGAAGGACCUCAAGUACCGGCUACAGUCAAGCAAGGCCAAGGCCAUUAUCACCAGUGACUCCCUAGCUCAGCGGGUGGAUGCUAUAAGUGGUGACUGCCCCAACCUCCAGACUAAGCUGCUGGUGUCUGACAGCAGUCAGCCAGGGUGGUUGAACUUCAGGGAACUCCUCAGAGAGGCAUCUACAGAGCACAAUUGUGUAAGGACCAAGAGUCAAGAUCCAAUGGCUAUCUACUUCACCAGUGGGACCACUGGAACCCCCAAGAUGAUUGAGCACUCCCAUUGCAGCUAUGGACUAGGUUUUGUGGCCAGUGGAAGGCGGUGGGUGGCAUUGACCAAAUCAGACAUUAUGUGGAACACAACGGACACUGGUUGGGUGAAAGCAGCCUGGACUCUUUUCUCUGCCUGGCCUAAUGGAUCUUGCAUUUUUGUGCACGAGCUGCCUCAAGUUGAUGCCAAAUUUAUCCUGAGUACUCUCUGCACAUUCCCGAUAACCACCUUCUGCUGUGUCCCAACCAUCUUUCGGUUGCUUGUGCAGGAGGACCUGACCAGGUACCGGUUUCAGAGCCUGAGACACUGUCUAACUGGAGGAGAAGUCCUCAACCCUUAUGUGAGAGAGAAGUGGAAGCAGCAGACAGGCCUGGAGCUGCAUGAAGGCUAUGGACAGUCUGAAACAGUUGUAAUCUGUGCCAAUACAAAAGGCAUGAAAAUCAAGUCUGGAUCCAUGGGGAAACCAUCCCUACCUUAUGAUGUCCAGAUAGUGGAUGAUGAAGGCAACAUCCUGCCUCCUGGAGAAGAGGGAAACAUUGCUGUCCGCAUCAGACCCACCAGGCCUUUCUGUUUCUUCAACGGCUAUUUGGACAAUCCUGAGAAGACAGCCAGAUCAGAACAAGGGGACUUUUACAUCACAGGGGAUCGAGCCCACAUGGACAAAGAUGGCUACAUUUGGUUCAAGGGAAGAAAUGAUGAUAUCAUCAAUUCUUCAAGCUACCGGAUUGGGCCUGUUGAAGUGGAGAGUGCCCUUGCGGAACAUCCAGCUGUCCUUGAGUCUGCUGUGGUCAGCAGCCCGGACCCCAUCAGAGGGGAGGUGGUAAAGGCAUUUAUUGUCCUUGCCCCUGAGUAUACCUCUCAUGACCAAAAGGAACUAACCCAGGAGCUCCAGGACCAUGUGAAAAGGGUGACUGCUCCCUACAAGUACCCCAGGAAGGUAGCCUUCAUUUCAGAACUGCCAAAGACGGUUUCUGGAAAACUCCAAAGGGGAAAACUAAGAAGCCAAGAGUGGGGAAAAUGAGAUCCCAGGGCUAACCAGGGAGCUGCUCAGAUUUUGCACGAAGACACUGCACCUAAGAACAGGUGCAGCAGAGAUCUGGUAGCUUCUGGUCCUGAGUUUCUACACCUCACACCAUCCUGAAGACUUAGUUGCACAGUAUUAGGUCAGCUCAAGAUUAAGCUUUCCAGCAGUAGCUUUUGCAUCAUCCCUGUUGGGCCAGGAGGGGGAAAACAGAACAAAUGCUUCCUGGUGUUGUGCCCUGUGACUGGGGGACCCAAGCUCCCCUCCCCCACAUUUGGGGUCUGAGCAGAGGAGAAGCCUCAGAUGCCACAAGCACCACCUGGAAAACCUUGGGCAACUACAUCAGUGGGGAUUUUGUCAAGGAAGAAUGGGGAGAACUCUGGCAGACCAGGAGCCCUGGGCCCCCUCUGCAGAACCCUGGGCAGUUGGGACAACCUCCUGCCUGCACAACUGUGCUUCAGCAGUCUCUGCCCUGGGGGAACAGCCCCCCAACUGUACCCAGAGGUCUGCAGUGGUGAAUUACAUUUGGACACCCAACUUAAUCUCUGAGUUGAUGCUUUUUGUGCAGCAAUAUGAUUGGACUGUUACUGUAAGUGAAGUAUCUCCAGGAUGGAAAAAGAAAUACCACAUGUACUCUCUAAUUGGAGCUAACCAAUGUGCACACAGAGAAUUAAAAGUCAUCAGUAAUCAAGCAUGGGAGAGCAGGGAAGGAGGGACAGAAAACUACCUAACAGGUAUAAUGAACACUGUUCAUGUGAUGGGCACACUUAUAGCCAUGACUCAGCAUUACAAAUCUAUCCAUGUAACAAAAACAUAUUAUGUGAAACAUAUUAAAUACUUAUGAAAUAUACAUGAAACCUAUUAAGUGCUCCCUUCAUAUUUUGAAAUAAAAUAAAGUGAAAGACAGAAAAAAAUACUUUCCUCUUUUCUGAUUCUAUGUUGAUAUUUAAUUUGUGAAAUUUCUAUGUAAGUAAAUGUUUUACAAAGUGACCAUUAAAUGAGUAUUUUUUUCUAAUUCCUAUUUUGAAUCAAAUAUAACACUUAAGUAUUAACAAAUAAAGUAUUUGUUAAAAAGGAAAAAAGUGAAAUUAAUAAAAGGCUAUAAGAUGGGAACUGAACUCUGCAACAGAAUGGGCAUAUUUAAAAUAAAUAUCUAA